AUGGAACUGAAUAAACUAAUGGAUGAGGACUAUGAGAAACUUGCUAAUGUUGAGGAAAUGAGCGAAAUUAUCCGCAGACUCUCAUGUUCUGAUGCGAAUGUAUCUGCAAAAGCAGUUGAAGAAGCCGAUAAGCUUUUGAAAAAAAUCAACAAAACCAGAAGUGGGAGUCGUACUAAUAAGACUUUUAUCAAUAAAAGCCUGGACAGUGGGUCAGCAACACAACACACAGGUUUGAAUGCCAAUGGCUCUGGACCGGAGCAAAUGUCCGUGGAAGCCUUCAAAGCACAGGUUGCAGCGGAUGCUGCAGAACGCUCUAGACGUCGAGCAAGGUGUCGAGCCAGAGCAGAAGAGUUCAAAAAGCAAGCAAAUGAGUUCUUUAAAGUUGGUGACAUGGAAAAUGCUAUCAAACUAUACACUAAAGCAAUCGAUGCCUGUCGAGACUGGGCAGUUCUCUAUAACAACCGAGCCUUGGCCUAUCUACGUGCUGGUCGUCCAGAACUGGCACUAGUAGACUGCGACCUGGCCCUUCGUCUUCUCCCUGCGGAGCCAAAAACCACUCCCACGGAUAUCGGUGAGGACGCAGAUGCGGCGCGUGACACAAACCAACAAGCAGCAAAGGCUUGUCUCCGCCGCGGCAAAGCCCUGCUCGUGUUGCGUAGACCGCGUGACGCUUUAAGUGCCUACGUCGAUGCAAGGGCGUUUAACGUCUUUGCCCACCACCCUGCAACUGGUGUCAUGCCUGAUACCGAUUCGGACGUGUGGCCACCCUUUCUACGUGAGGGUGUCGCGCAGGUUAAGGCUGCUAUCGCUGCCGACAGUCUUGAUUCCCAAUCGUCUACUCAACUCUCUCUUUUCAAUGAUUGCGAACCCCUGCUUCUCGAGACGACAGAGGAGCGCUUCCUUCGGUUGAUAACUGAGGCUGCUGUUUUCGGUCGUAAGAUGCGUCAGUACACCUUGACGCUGCGUCAGAUGGCAGCACUGUUGAGUACAGCAAAUGUGGCCCCUAACAUUCCCUUGACUACAAAUGGAUCGGGGAGUGAAGAGGAGGAGGCAGCAGAGAGAACGGAGGUUGUGACUUCUCCCAAUGGCGAUCAAGCGGCUCCAGAAAGUGGUAGCCAUCACAGAAAAAGAAAGAAAGGAAGAGACGGUGGAAAGGCUGCUUCAGCUUCUGCGUCCCCGAGAGAUGGAGACGCCAAUGAAGCAGCCAGCGGUGAGGUCGCCACACUGGCAAAGCUGCAAUCUUACUUCAGGGUUAGAAAUGGUUUCACGGUGCUGGAGUCACAAAUGAAGCGUUUCGAUGCUUCCGGUGUGGUGAAACUAUUCUGCCGACGGGAGGGCACUGUUACUAAAGCUCCCCCAUCAGACCAGAGUGUGGAGGACAUUUUGGCCAUACUGGAUCACCUGUUGAGCCUCAUCACUGUGUGCUACCAACUAGCUCGUGAUUGUGGCGAAAAUCAGCGUCUUUUGGUAGAAACCAUGCCUCAACUAUUCUCAACCCUCCUCGUCGACUGUCUCAAAGUCUCGCCCUCAUAUGCGCGACUUCCUAUAUCAUCUACCAUGGCACCAAAGACUGCCGCCAGACAAGAGCUUCAGUUGCAUCACCUCCUGGGUCUACUUCAGUGCUCCGCAUGUGACCUCAUUGCACUGAUGUCCUGCGAGGCCAGUGGUCGCGAGGGCCUGCUCACUUACCCAGGGCCCGCUGUCCUCCUUUCUGCUCUCGCCACUUGCCUCUCUGAUGCCCUCGGUCUGCCUUGCGCCACACCGGUUUCUGAACUCUCUUUCUGUCGGUCUUUAAAAGCGCAGACCGCCUUGGCUCAGCAGCGCUCCUUCGCCGACUGCUUUGCCACACAGACUGUGGCAGCUGCUGCAAAGAUUCUUGAGAAUAUCACUAAAAGUCCACGUUUCCUGACUGUGGUCCGUUCGUCAGACUGUUUCACAAGUCUUCAGAAUGUUGUCGAAGCCGCUAUUGCUCCCGCCCCCAGCAAUAGCAACUCCACCGCCACCACCUCCGCUCCCGUCACGUGUCUUUCAGUCCUUCUUGACAGCCUCUCGGCAGCCUCGGAUGACCCCGUACUGCGCCGCACCAUGAUCUCCAAACCCAACUUUGUUGUCAACCUCGCCAAUUGUGCCAUCCGACAUGUUCCUCUCAUGGUGGAUGAAAGUCACACGGCUCUGGUGGCAUCUCUGUGUCGUCUGCUUCACAACUUCCUUUCCGGUGAACUACGUAUGAAGCUCUCACAACAGGAAAUGGAAGCACUGCUUACUCUUGUCGGUGAUAUUCUCGAUACACCCUCGCACUCCUCUCCACUCAUUUCUGUCUCGAUUGCUCUCCUCGGUCGCUUUAUGCCCCUCUGCACUGCCGAUUUGGUUGAGAAAUGGAGUCACUCGGGCAGGGAUGCACCUGAUUUACCUAAUAAAAAGCAUGUUUCCUCGGUUCCCCGGUUGAAAGAACGCAUAAAACUCCUCAUCUCCAUUGUAUGCUCAUGUUCCACCUCGACUCUUGAGAAGGCUCUCUCCCCUCUGAUUCCAACCACCGUAAACGGUAUCACAAAGGUUUACGAGUCUACAGAGAGCCUGACGGGUCACCGACUCCGUGGCGCGAUUCGGGCCCUCUCUGUUAUCACGCGGGCUCCAGGAUGUGGAGACGUGCGCAUAGCCAUCGGGGACGACCGACUUGUCGCCCGUAAAGUUGCCUUCCUGGUGCGCGCACGUGCUCCGCCCAUCUCCGAGGCGGAGAAGCGUUCCCCACCCUACGAUGAGCCGCUGGCGGCCAACGCUUGUCUUAUCUUGGAGGCAUGUGUGGACGACACGGUGUUGGCAGAGAACCUUAUUGGCACUACGAUCAUCAUGGACCUGCUUAAACUUACACGAGAGGCGAAGAAACCCCAGACGAAGCGCAACGCUAGCUGCGUGAUUGCACGCCUGUCUCUGGCGAGCCAUGUGCACCGUGAGGAGAUGUCUCGAUUGGAUGCGAUGUCGCAGUUAACGCGAUUCGACUCCUGGAAUGUUGAUACCACGGAGCGUGAACCGGGCAUGCUCUUCUAA